CCUCUCUCUUCCUCAUAUAUUCUUCCUCUCCUCCCUUCGCUUUCCUUAACCUCCUCAGCCGCUCCUAUUGCAAAGCUGCUCACUGCGCCGCAUCGCAUUGCCAUUUCCGGCCACGCGCGCCGUCCUCUCGCACACGCGCUGCGCACGCGCCUUCCACGAUGCCGCGCGCCACUGCGCCUCGUCCCAGACCCAAGGCCGGCACCACCUACUGGCAUGAGCAGCCCGCAGUGCCGCAGGCUCAGCGCGCAGCCUCUGCCAUGCCGCAGAGCACAGCUCUGAGCGCCAGCACCAGCACUGCGCAGGCUCAUGCCGACGCGUCGCACGGACCGGCAGCGAGCACGCCGCGCAGCUCAAGCGUGGCCACCGGCGCCGCGGCCAGCGCGGCAGCAGCACAGACGGCGCAGAUGGCGCAGAGCCACGGUGCGCCGAGCUCAAGUGCUGUCGCCACGCCGGGAGCGCAGCAAGCGCCGUUCUCCACUGCCGACGCCAAAGCCAUCUUUGGCGAGCCGCAAGCAAGCACGCUAGGUGCGACGCAGCCCCGCCGCUCGCCUGCCCAGGCAAUGCAGGCCCAGAGCAAGGCGAUUGCGACAGGUGCCUUGGGCGGGCCUUCCACGAGCGCACCGUAUGCUGGAGCUCCUCCGCCUGUGCCGCUGCAGGGCGACGGCGCUACUGAGGCAGACCGUUUCAUUGCUGGGCUCAUGUCUGGUGGAUACGGCGCUGCGACGGCUAGCACAACAAGCGCCACGCAGCUCCAACGCACUCCUGGACGCCAGCCAGCUACGACGCCAACUGGAGCACCACUCCUGCCCGAGCAGCAGCAACCUUUCGUCAUUCCUCCGCCGAGCCCAAUCGCGACGGACGACGAUGGCGACGCAGAGAUGGGAGAUGAGAAGGAUGCAGAGGGAGAGGAUGAUGAUGAACAGGAUGGAGAAGAGGAGGAAGGCAAUGAGGAAGAUGCUGAAGGAGAGGAUGACGAUGGAGAGGGCGAAGACGAGGAUGAGUCAAUGGACGACUCGACGCGCACCGACGCGGAGCGCUCGCAGGCCUCCACUCUGCGCCACGCAUCCGAGAGCGAGGCGAUGCAGCCGGCAGCAUCGGCGCCUGCGCCUCAGCUUUGCGCAGCGGCACCACCUGCACCAGCCGCUGCGUCUACGCAACCAGUAGCCUCAGUGCCGGCGCCUCGUCUCGGCACGGUAGCUUCUCGCUUGCAACCAAAGCAGCCAACAGCGAAGCCGCGACCAUCGAAGCGCGUCGCUGUAGCAUCUGCAGACAGCACUCCAGCGCCAGACGCCGCACCGGGCUCGGCAGUAGCGGCAGUGCCUAUCACGGCUCCCCGCAUCCCGGCUGCGCUGCCGGAGAGCGUCACGGACGUGCUCAACCUGCGUCGUCUGCUGCGUCUCGCCUGCCAGAUUCCGCGCGACGGCGAAGGCAGUCAAGGCCUCGACGACUUCCUGCGCACAGUCACGCAGCUAGAUGAUGAGGGCCUCCUCGACGACCUCAACGGACCGCAGAAGCGCGAGCCUGCAGGCGUGCACAAGCGCGCCAAGCUGGCGCUCUUCAAGCUCGUCGAGGUGGGCUUCCGCGUGGCCUUUGAUCACAGCGCGAGAAAGGAGGACGAGCUUGACUCAACGGAGAUGGCGGUCGAUCGCAUCCGUGAAGUCGGAGAGGAUGCGCUCAAGGCGCUGCAGGAGUUCCUCUGAUCGCGAGGCGCGUCGUGAAGCGCAAUCGACGUGCAGCGUGCGUCCGUCGCCUACAUGUCGCUCGCAAGCGCGAGCCGUGCUCGAGCGUCGAUGUCACCUGGCCAGGCUUGAGGCAAUCAUAUCAUAGCUGAG